AGUGCCUGGCGACGUCGCCGGGAGAUGCGCCGCGCCGGGACCCCCACGUUGCCUUCUCAGCCAGGCAGCCAUUUGCCCACAGAGAGCUAGAAUAGGCAGUAGUGAGUGUCGUAUGUGUGCCCUACGCAGAACCCGCCGUAUUACGUGUCCCGACCAAGGCGCCGUCCGCUCGUCCUCGACGACAACGAGGACAAAAGGCUGCCUAUUGUUACCCGCACCUAGUCCGCCCAACCCGCCCCCCGCUCUGCCCCCUGCGGGAUAUGCUCGUCAGACCGACACGUCCUCCGCGGGCCAGCCCUAUCCUCGUCAUCAUCUCAGCUGCUCGCACCCGAGCUGCCCUGUUUGCUGCCCUCACCCGAGCGGCCUUGUUCGUUGCCCGCGCCCGAGCUGCCCCGUUUGUCGCAGAAUCGCGAGUGGCGUCAGUCAUCCGAGAGAUUGCUCCCGUAUCCUCCCCCCUUUUCCCUUACGUCCUACGUAUGUAUCUACCUAUCUGUUCUGUGCGCAAGAGGUUGCGCGGCGAAUCGCAACUCGGCAUCUCACGCUCGGGGGCGAGGAAAGUCGCGCGAGGCUUAUGAGUACUCGGUCGCGUCGUGUUCCCGCCGUGUGUGGGCGCGUCCACACAGCCUCCCCCCGACCUGUCCUAUCCCCUCGCGCGCCAAUUCCAUCAGCGGCGCGUUGUGCCUGCAAUCCGCGCCGCCGAAGAUCCCGUUCGCUCGAUCAACCAGAUCAGCAUAUCGUCUGUCUUCUUUCGAAGAGCCGAGACAGGAAGGUCGCCAGCGACAGAUUCGCGCGCCAUGCUUAACAGGUUCCACGUCGGCUGGCAGGCCAGGCCGGCUUCGACCGUGACCUGUCAUCAAUUGGCUGUCAUCCUAGCCCCUAAUUACUAUCAUGUGUGUGCCCGACGCAUCUAGAGUCCCCAGCGCGCAGUUCGGCGCCG